CACUUGUACAACACACAUUUGCUGUACUACUCACCACCUUCACUAUUUUCCCUUCUCUCUCCAUCCCUCCUCCUUCCUACAUUCUCUCCAUCCCCAAAAGUCUCCCUUUUGACUGAAAAUUUCCGCUUGAAUUCAGUCAUGAACCCACCAAACUAUCCCACAAACCCACUGAAACAUACCCUUCUAGAUCAAGUGGACCCCACCCCACAAAGGGGUGGACCCCACCACCGUAGGGCCCACUCCGACACUACUUUCAGGUUCUCCGGUGAUGAAGAGGAUGACUUUCUGUUCGACAUAGAUAGCUUCAAUCUUAGUUCAUUAGAUAUUAUUCCUCCUUCCCCUUCCCCUCUUCCUAUGCCCGUUGAUUCUUCUAAGUCUGAUGAAUCUAGCGGUGAUAAUCGUUCUUCAUCUACCUCAUCAAGGAUGGGGUUAAACCCACCUGCUUUGGCCCCACAUCUGAGGAGUUUGUCUGUUGAUGCUGAUUUCUUUGAUGGGGUUUCGUUUGGUGCUGGUUCUGCUGGUGUUGAGAGGAAAAUUGGAGGACAGAGAAUGGUUGGUGGGCAUAGAAGAACUAAUUCAAUGGAUGGUGGAAGCUCGUCGAGUUCGAUGAUGAAUGAUGGUGAUUCUAUGAUGAUUGAUGGUGUUAAGAAAGCUAUGCCUCCUGAAAAACUUGCUGAACUUGCUCUUAUUGAUCCUAAGCGCGCUAAAAGGAUUCUUGCAAACAGACAAUCUGCGGCAAGAUCAAAGGAAAGGAAAAUUAAGUACACUGGCGAGUUGGAGAGGAGGGUGCAGACACUGCAGACAGAAGCAACUACCCUUUCUGCACAAGUCACAUUGCUACAGAGAGACACUACAGGACUGACCAUCGAGAACAAGGAACUAAAGUUGCGUCUGCAGUCGUUGGAGCAACAAGCGCAACUUAGAAAUGCGCUAAACGAAGCAUUGAGGCAAGAAGUUCAGCGACUGAGGAUAGCGACUGGGCAAGUUCCACCGAGCAACAGCAACUCGUCUGGCGCACCACUCUUCCCGCAGUUCCCAACUCAUCUACCAAACAUGCCGUCCUUUAGUGCGUACCAGAACAUGGGACAGUCGUCUCAACCCCUUCAACCGCAAUUCCAAAUGCCCGAUCAACCCGCUGGCAACAACUCGAGUGCUAAUAAGCAGGUGAAACCAAACUUUAUGGACUUCAAUCAUAAGAAUUGAGGCUUUACCUUGAAGCCUUGUACUCUCGGUUAGAAAUUCGAGACUCGUAUUCAGUAUCUUUAGUCACAUCCACAUAGGAUGCUGUAAAUAAUGUUGUAAAUGUUAUCCCUUCAGCAUUCCUUCUGCUAUAGACCCACAUAUUUACUAUCUGGUAGGUUUUUUAUACAUGGAGUUAUUUUGUUGUAGAAUUGUUGAGAUUUUUAAAAUUUAGGUGAACCACAGGAUUUAA